GGUCUGUGCUGUGGGGUUUGGGUAUGCAGUAUGUGUUUGCCAUGUUGAUCCUCAAAACCAGUCCUGGUCAGCAGCUGUUCGACUUUGUGGGUGAUAAGACCACUAUUUUCCUGAGCUACGCAAGGAAAGGGGGUGUGUUUGUGUUUGGAGAGGUUGUGAUGAAUGGUGCGUACGAAGGGGAUGUUCCAGAUGAGCACAGGUGGGGGUACGCUAUCUGGUGUUUCAGUAUCUUUAUACCUGUCUUAGUGUAUUUCUCAGCGCUGGUCUCCAUUCUCUUCCACCUGGGAGUGCUCCAAGUCAUCAUCCAGGGGAUCAGUAAAAUCAUGUUCUACACAAUGCAGACCUCCGUGGUUGAGUCUCUCUCAGCAGCUGGAAAUAUCUUUGUGGGGAUGACGGAGGCUCCUCUCAUGAUCCGACCGUUCAUCCCAAACAUGACAAAGUCUGAGUUACACGCGGUUAUGACGGGUGGGUUUGCAACUAUAGCAGGUGGGGUUAUGGCAGCUUACAUAGGAAUGGGGAUGCCUGCCAAACAUCUGAUAGCUGCAUCUGUGAUGAGUUGUCCUGCUGCUCUGGCUAUUUCCAAGCUGGUGUAUCCUGAGAGGGAACAAAGCAAUUACACUUCAGGGAAAAAGAUUACAAUGCCGAAAAUGGAAAACUCGAAGAAUUUCAUCGAGGCAGCAACGGACGGAGCAUCAAAGUCCAUCUCGUUGUGCCUCAACAUAGUAGUGAUCCUGAUAGCAUUCAUCUCAUUCUACGCUUGCUUCCAAACCUGGUUCCAUUACCUUGCCCUGUGUGUCAACUGGGACAUCACCUUCACAGAGCUGAUUGGGUAUAUCUUCGUGCCGUUUGCGUGGAUGCUAGGUAUAGAAGAGGACCAGUGUCAGCACGCUGGAGAGCUGCUAGCUACCAAGAUUCUCAUAAAUGAGUACGUGGCGUACUCCACCCUCUCUGCUAAGGUCAGCGCGGGGCUGAUUACUCAGAGAACCCACGUGUUGAUGACAUAUGCUCUGUGUGGGUUUGGGAAUAUCGGGUCUAUGGGGAUACAACUGGGGGCUCUGUCUGUUAUGGCUCCGGAGAGGAAGUCUGAUUUGGCAAAGUUGGUGUUUAGUUCCAUGUUAGCAGGAACAGUGGCGUGCCAGAUGACUGCGUGCAUUGCUGGCAUACUAAUAGACGCUUAGUUGGUUUUCAGUUCUGUUUUAGGGGAAACUGUAGCAUACUAAUAGACGCUUAGUUGGUUUUCAGUUCUGUUUUAGGGGAAACUGAAGCAUACUUUUAGACGCUUAGUUAUUUAUAAACUUUUUAAUCUAAUUUAUUAGUAAAGUUAGUUUUCAGUUCUGUUUUAGGGGAAACUGUAGCAUACUAUUAUACGCUUAGUUGGUUUUCAGUUCUCUUUUA